AUGCCCAAUGGAAGUGCGAAUGUGGGAAAGUUCAGUCCAGCCGAGCUUCAUGGUGCCAAGGGUGUGGGACACACUACUCAUGCGUCCAGUGGGUCCAAGUCCAACAGGAAGAAGAAGGCGGCGAAUGGAGAGGAGAGCAAAGAGAAGAACAAGGUGGCAAAGGUUGGGGGAGGAUCUUCGACCCUGAGUCCCUUUGCAAACACACCACCCAAGAGUACGCCAUGGAAAGAUGCCACUCCCACGACCAGAGUCAAGCUAGAGACGACCACUGUGGAAGAGAUCGACAAGGAUGUUGCAACAGCUGCAACUUCUGCAGCUGCUGGUGGGCCUGGGACAGAGUCUACCAGCGCACCUCCUACCGAUCAGUUCCGUGGCCGUUUGGAAGAGCUGUUGACGAUCAUGGGAGAUGCCGCUCCAGAGGCACUCAAGUCAGAGGUCCAAAAGUUCCUCAGUCCGAUGGCAGGCAAGGACAAGAUCAAGCACCAGCAGAUCACCAAGAUCGACAAGCUGGAGCGCCAGAUUGCCAGCACACAGAAGGAGAUCGAGGAGAUGGACCAGAAGUGGCAAGAAUUUGUGCAGUUGAUGCGCAGCAAGAUGGAGCGUCAGAAGCAGGCAUAUGUCCAUCAGCGGGAAGAGAAGAUCCAAGCGCUGGAGGGCAAGACUGUGAUGCUAGCCAAGUUACAAGAAGAGAUUCGCAAGGCAGCCGAGGCUCAGCCAGAGGUGGUCAAACCGAAAUCCAUGGAGGCUGUGGCUAUGGAAGUCGAGGAGGCCGAAAGCUUGCUCAAGGCUGGAAUGGAGGAGAUCAAGAAGAGAGAUGCACUGCUUCCGUUUGGGAACCCACGUGGAGCCAAGGUGCCCAAGCUCUCUGCGACGGAGGCGCCUCUGCCAGCCGAUAUGGAAGAGCAGCUGUGA